AUGCCGCUCUCCGGGCGGCGGGCUGGACUGGAUGGCCUCGGAGGGUCCCUCUCGGCCGGCCGCCCGGCUCCCGCCCCUCCCGGUCCCGCCGCCCAAUCAGGCGCGCCCUCCUCCCUCCGCGGCCCCGCCCACCGCGCUGUCAUCACAGACCUGCACGUGGCGGGGGGGGGGCCGCCGCCGGAGCCGCGCCCCGCCAUUGGCCGCCGGGCGCCGAGGUCUCCAAUGAGGGCGGGCGGGGGCGGGGCCGGCGGCGGGGCCCGGAAGCUGCUGCUCCUGCGGGGCUGGCGGGGAGGCGAGCGGGGGCGACUGCGGACCCGGAGGAAGACAGGUGGGCCGGGCAGAUCCCGGGCGGGGCGGGGUCAGUUGCCCCGGAGCAAGCAGGGAGGGGGAGGAGCCGGAUUUAUGGGGCGGGGGGGGAUCAGAGGCAUCCCAUGCGGGGGGGGGGAUUCCCUUGGGGGCUGCGCAGGAGAGUUUCCCGAGGCUUUAAGGGCGUGGUUUUUUGGGGGGGUCCAUAGCACUCCCCCCCCAAGACUGCCUUGUGUCGCGACCCUUUUUUUUCCUCCCCCCCACCAAAAAUAAAUAAAUGGGAAGGUGGGGGGGAGCCUGCAAGGGACCCCCCCAAAGUGGAACUGGGUUGGGGUGUCAGCCCCUAGAGAAGAAAGGGAAGGCGGGAUUUUUGGGGGGGGGUCUUGAGCCUGUGCCCCCCCCAAAAGCCGAGGGGCUGCUUUGCAUCAAAGCCCUGCGGGUGAAUUUGGUGUUUUAUUCUUUUCUCUCUCUCCCCCCCCCCCCCCUUCUUUGCUUUGUUCCUCCUCCUGAAAGGUUUGCUGCCUGCCUGGUUGCCAGAGACGGGAGGCCUGCAGGUAAGAACCGGAUCUGACUUGACUGCUGCUGAGCUCUUUUCUGCCUCUGCUCAUGGGGCAGCGAUGCUCUUUCUCGCGAAGGAUCCCUUUCACUCAGCUCUGCUCAAGAGGCGCAGGAGCCUUUCAGGGCUUCUUUGCACAUUCUUCUUCCGGGUGGGGCUGAGGGUUUUUACUUGUUCAUUUUACUGUGUUUCUAUCUCACCUUUCCUCAAGGAUCUCAGGGUGGUAUACGUGGUUUUCUUGUUGAUGUGGUGUCGUAGAACUGUAGAGGGUCAUCCAUUCCAACCCCCUGCAAUGCAGUGCCUUUUGCCCAAAAGUGGGACUUGAACCCAUGUCUCUGAGAUUAAGAGUCUCAUGUUGCAGCAAGAGUCCCAGCCACAUUGUUCCCUGGGCUCAGACACCACCUCCUUUUUCUAGGCAACCCCAAACCUUCCAUUUCAUGGCUGUGUUUCUUGCUUUCUCAUUAAGGAAAAAUGUUUGGGUCUUGUUUCUGAGCACAGUUGGGAUCCCCCAGAAAUAUUGCUGCACAGGCGCUGCUCAGAUGCUUCCAGGGAGAACUGGAAGCUUGGUUGCUCUGUUGUGCGUUCACUUUUUAAAAGUUGAAUUAAAGCAACGGCCUAGCUGUACGGAUUUUGCACCCGUAUCUCUUCACCCUGUCUCAACGUGCCUGAAUUUGGGGUCUUUCUUUCCCACUCUGUGCUGCAAUCCCGUGCGUACCGACUUGCAAGUAAGUCCAGCUGAACUUAGUGGACUUACCGGUACUUCUGAGUAAGUGUUCAUAGGCAUCUUCAGGAUUUUGUUUGGAUGAAUAUGCCACUCCCCCCCCCAAAAAAAGGUGCCUAAAGCAGCUCAUAGCUUUAUAAAGAGACACAGACAAGCAUUAGAACUAGUAAAAUACAAUAAAUUGGAAAGAAAAAUAGAGCCAGCUUUGCUGCUGUUGCUACCAAGAGCUUUGGGGUUUGUUGAGAAGAACAUUUGAAAAUACCAUUGAAGACGUCUCCUUGUUUGUAGACUUCCUCCUUUCCCCUUUCCCAAUCUGGCUGAAUUCUGGACAGGUUACUCCCCACCUCCAGUUACCAGAAUGUCUGUGGUGAGGAGGGUGGGGUGUCUGCGCUUUGGGUUUCCUUUCAUAACCACAACUUCUGCCCUGUUCCCCGGCCCUUGCCUGGCAACCUCUGGCUUCCUCAUCGCUGUCUGGCUUCAGUGCUGUGACGACUUCCUGGCAUUUGUGCUACCAGUCUGCCAGGCAGGUGCUGUGCUGGGCAAAAGGAGGGCAAGUCAGCUGCCCGUGCCAGGACAGAGCUACCUUAUUAAGACAGACAAAAGGAGCAGCUAGGGGAAAGGUUGCAGUGUGGGUGGGAAAAGACAGCCCAGAAGAGGGAGUUAUCCUGACCAGGCUGUUUAGAGCGCAUGGCGGUUGGUGCCCAGCGAGAGGAGAACACCAAGGACAGUGUGCACAGAGAGUGGGGAGCAGGAUCACGUAUUGUGGGGAGGAGUGGAAUGCUUUCGGAGGCUGCCACUUGCAGAGAGAGACACCUGAGCUUUGGGAUUUUGAACCCUUCUUGGCACUGGAAGAAUGCCCUGUGCCCAAAUUGGGGCUUCCUUCUCGUGCCACAUUGCACCUUGAGCUUUCCAUGCUUUCCCUGGCCUGCUUUGUGCAGGACCCAUCAUUUGACCCAGGACUGGACUUUGGUGAGUGAGGCCGGCAUUUGGCGCCCCCGAAUGGAUCUUCUCAGUUAUGGAUCUUCUCAAAUUAGCAGGCCCUCGGCUUGGCAUCCUGUGCAGGGGAACCGCCCACACCGUCCUAAAUCUGGGGCUACUUGGUCCCUCCCUGAAGUCUCAUGUUGGUGGCAGCUGCUUCCUGUCAGUUCUUCUCUGACCUGCCUGGGCUUGUGCCCCUUGUUAAUCCAGAAUAACUCCGUGGCAUCCAGAGUGAGGUGUGGAGACAUGCUGGAGGUGACCCCUCUCGCGUCUCCUGCCUUGCUCAUUUAGCCACACUCUCCCUUUGUUGCUGCAGCCAAUCCUCUGACCUGUGCCUAGGCUCAUGGGGCGCUCGAGUUGGAAGGGACCCCAAGGGUCAUCCAGUCCAACCCCCUGCAGUGCAGGAAUCUCCUCUGCGCACACUGCAGCGCAUGUGUGCCUCUGAUUCACCGUUGGCAGUGGGGCAGGGGGAGGACCCUCCCUGAAGGACUUAGAAGCAGGUUGCGUUGCGACAGCUCCAUGGGGCAGCAUUGUGCGAAUUUAUAAUAGCGAAAUAAAAUGAAACCGACACGUUUGCUUUGGAUUGCUUUGCUCUGAUAUUGCCAGGCAGGGCUGGGAAUGUCUCCUGCCUGAAACCUUGAAGAGUCGCAGUUGCUACUCAGUGUAGACAAUCCUGAGCUCAAUGGAGCAAUGGUCGGAUUUGGUAGGAGGUCAUUUCCAUGUCCCAAAACCCUCUCUCCAUAUUCGCCUGGGGCUUCUGAAAUGGGCUGAGGCUGGGGAGAUGCUCUUGUGGCUGGGUGUUUGUGUUUGUGUGUGUGGGGGGGUGUUCAUAUAUGUCAAGCAGCCACCAAGACGGCCUCUGUCCUGUCUUGGAUGCUCAUGCUUGGUGCAAGGUCUUAUCACCCUGCAUGUUGCCAUCAGCUUAUGUUUGCUUGUGAUGUGUAGGGUGGAUUUAUAAGUGUGUUUUACUCUCCUUACCAUGUUGUAGGAGUCAAUAUAUUCCAAAAUAAUUUUACUUAGUUGACUUGGACAGAUUUUGGGGAUUUGCCCCCACCACUUGGGGGGUAGGGAAAUGCAAUGAGAGUAGUUGACUUGGGAGGCUGUAAUGCUUCUGAACACAAAUUGAUUUAUUUUAUUUAUUUCAUAAAAUUUAUAUGCUGCUUAACUGUAAGGAAAAAUAACUCCUCAAAGCAAUUUGCAAAAAGAAUUAAACAAUAAAAAUGAUCAAUUAAAAGCGGCCAUUUAAAACAUCCAAAGAGCAGUGAAAAGGAAAGAUAAACUACAAGCAGACCGUAGAUAUUUGGGCAGGCUUGCUUAAACAAAAAAGUCUUUAGCAGGUGCCAGAAAGAGUUUGGUGAAGGCGCUUGAAUGAUGCCAAGAGGCAGGGAGUUCCAAGGACGGGUGCUGCUGCGCUAAAAGGUGGAUUCCUUACAGAUGCAAAAUGGGUGUCGUGUGGCACAUAGAACAGUGCCAGUUCUGCGGAUCAGAGCGGUUGCGUGGGCAUCUAGGCUGCAGAGCGCAGGAGCGCAGGCUGCCCUUGUGCUUGGGUCCUGCUCGUGGGCGUCUCGGAAGAGCACCUGAUUGGCCACUGUAAAAAUAAAAGCGGCUGAACUAACUGGGCCACUGGCUUCAUCCAGGAGGCUGAUAUUACAUUCUUAGCUGGGGGAGCAGCAGGACGAGUAGUUUUUGCUGAAUCAUGCAGACAUACCAGCAAGGACCCCCCAACAUUUAAACACAUUUGCCUCUUUCUCCACACCCUCGCCAAUGACCACAAAAUUUAAAUAAAUACUUGGAACGUUUUCCCCAGUGCUUUGGGUGCCUGGGGUGGGUCUGCAGAAAUGGCUGAAUCCUGUACUCCUGUUGUCCAAGCUGUGCCUCUGCCAGCUCCUGUGAAUGCUGGACAGCCCGUGUCUAACUUGGAUGGGAGCCCCCCCCCCAAUCUCCCAGUUGGAUCCCAAGGGGAGCUGGUCCCCUCCUGAAGAGCUGGAGCCACGAGUGGCCAGGGGCGCUCUCUGGCCUGGGUUGCAAGUGCCUGGUGAAGGCCCAGCCCCUCUUGCAGGAGAGCCAGCUUUGGGAUCUGGGCCAGAUUCCAGCUGGGGCAAUUUAAUCCUCCUCCUCUGACCUUGCCUGCAUGAGGGAUUUCACACCCCCUUGCUUCCUGCCCUCGGGGGUUGAGUAGGUGAAGCCACAACGCCUCCCCCUGUGGGGGGUUGUGGCCCAGUUGGAGGGCAGUGCAGCUUGUCCUGCUCUCAGGGUGCCUCUGUUUCUGGAUCCAGCUGGUGGUAGGCGCUGCUCUGGCAUCCCAGAAUUGGUCCGGCCUGCUCUGGGUGUGGCCCCUGAUGCUCAGUCUGGCUUGGUGUGCCCCAGUUGCACAACAGAUGCCCGGGGAGGGUGGCAGAGGUGGUGCCCAGGGCUGGGCAGCGUGAGGCCUGGGGAGCAAGCAAGCAAGCAGGCGAGGGAUGUGCCGCCCGGUGGGUGGGAAUGCCCUUUGGACUGCGGCUCCUGCGCAUGGGAUUCCCGGCCCAAAAGGGACCAUCUAAAAAUAACCGCUGCUGUCUCCUUCGGUCUCCCAGCGCGUGAGCGAUGGGGCUGUCCCGGAGGGGGGCGGCAGGCAGUAACGUGAGCUGCCAACAUUACGCAGCCUUUAUCCGCCAUAUUAUGUCUCAGCUCCGGGUGCCCAGAGCGGAUCCUCUGCUGGGGGGAGGGUUGUGUGGUCCUGAGGGCCAGGAAGGAGACUGGAGAGGGGAGAGGGCUACUCUUGUGUUCGGAUCGUGCUCGCUGGUUUCCCAGAAGAGGCAUCUGGUUGCCCCCCCCCACCUGAGAACAAGAGGCUGGACUAGAUGGGCCCCCUUUGGCCUGACCCAGCAGGUUCCUCUUGUGUUCUUACGCACUGAUGGGGAGCAGGCCUUUUGGAGCCAGUAUCGUGUCCAGGGGGGAUGUGGGUAGCACUGCGGGUUAAACUGCAGAGCCUAGGACUUGCCAAUCGGGAGGUCAGCGGUUCGAAUUCCCACAACGGGGUGAGCUCCCGUUGCUCGGUCCCUGCUCCUGCCAACCUAGCAGUUCGAAAGCACGUCCAAGUGCAAGUAGAUAAAUAGGUACCACUCCGGCAGGAAGGUAAAUGGCAUUUCCGUGCGCUGCUCUGGUUCGCCAGAAGCGGCUUAGUCAUGCUGGACACUUGAACCAGAAGCUGCACGCCGGCUCCCUCGGCCAGUAAAGUGAGAUGAGCGCCGCAACCCCAGAGUUGGCCACGACUGGACCUAAUGGUCAGGGGUCCCUUGAACUUUACCUUUACUAUGAUGUCCGGGGGAAGGAGCGGUGUCUCUCCAAGGUGGUCCCAAGGAGGCCAUGACAGUGGUGGUCUUGUACCAAGGACCCAGCCUGCAUUGGCUGGCAACUCUUUGGCCUUUGGGGCUUCUCUCUGCUCCUCCUCCCAGCAGAGAGGAGCCCUGGGGGGCCGGACACAAGGGUUGCAUCCUUAGAGUUGGGUAACCUUGUGCCUUGGUGCCUCCGUUGUGGCACAGUGGGGUCAGAAGAGGGCAGGCGCUGUGUACCACCUCCAGGAUCGGGAUGGGGGGGUAGUACAUGCCUCUGAAUAAUGCUGAUCUGCUUGGCCCCUGUGCGAACAGGGGGCUGCACUCAAUGGGCCCCCUUUGGCCUGAUGCAGCAGCCAGUCUUCCUAGGUUUCGUUUUGCUUCUUAAUUAAAUGAUUGAUUGACUGAUUGAUUGAUAAAUUGGCCUUUCCUCCCAAAGGAGGCCAGGGAUUAAGAGGGUUCCGUCCACCUCCCGUUGGGGCACAGAGACUCUCUCAGCGGUAGGCAGAGUGUCCAGGGCAUGACUCGGUGCCCCUCGCCCAGGCCUGCCCACACUAGGUGGCAGAGCCUCUCCAGGUGCUCCAGCAGAGAAGGCCCUGCUCCUCACCUGCUGCCUGUUCCUUUUAACAGUCAGAAGAUGCUGUCAAGAAACCUUGCGCAAGCCGGGCAUUUGGUGCAGUUGGCUAAAUGGCAGCAGAGCCCUAAAAAGGGAGGAGGCGACACCAAGCAGUUAGCUCUGGAACGCCUUCUGAGCCCCAGGCCUUGGCCCCUGAGCAUGUGGCGAGUUCCUUUCCUUGGCCACUGCUCAGCCUCUCCUGGCAAUUCUUUCAGGCAGCCCUCUGUCCCUGGUUGGAUCUGGCCCUGGUCUCAGCCCCUCUGCACUGGGGGACAAAGCAGAGGGAGGGGGAGCGGAGCCCGCCCAGGCCACUGAGGCACGUGAUGGAGGGGAGAGUCACCAUGGCAACCCUUGCAGGGGCUGCUGCUGGCGCUGCUGGAGGAGAGCUGGGCUGUGGAAGGAGCUGCCAGAGUGGCAGAAGUGGGGUGAUUGUGGCAGGGCAGCCUGUCUCCUCCAUGCAAGGUCUCGCCCACUCCCAGCAGGACCCCCAGAGCAGUCACCUGCCCCCCUCCUAGGAUGUUCCUGGAGGGGGCAAGGGCUCUUCAUCCACCCCCCUCUUCCCUGCCCAGGCCUCGUUCAAGGUUUCCGUGGAGGGGAUCAGUCUCCCCAGACCCAGCAAGCACACCUGAACUGAGCUCCCCGGGACCCACGGCCAUCUCCUCCAAACGGCCCUGAUCCGGGUGCCCCUCUUCCAGCCUUUCUCCUCUGCUGCUGGGUCCUGGCACCUUGCCUAGUGAGGGAGGCAGGCACAGAAAUGGGGUCCUGGCUGGAGGUUCAGAACAACACAAAGCUGUCUUGCGUUGAGUCAGGAUACUGGUUCACCUAGUUAAGUGCUGCUCACUCUGACUGGCAGCCCCUCUCUAGGGGCUCCGGCAGGGGGUUUGUCCCUUCCCUACCUGGAAAUGUCAUGGGGGCGGGGAGGGGAGAGUUGAAGCUGGGACCUUCUGUUCACAUUUUAUUUAUUUGUUCCAUUAAUCUCCCACCAUCUCAUUCUGCUCUCCCCCUCCUCAUUUAACCCCCAACAACACCCUUGCGAGGUAGGUUAGGCAGAGAGAGCCAGUGGCUCCUGGCCCAAGUAAGUCUCAUGGCCCAGUGGGGAUUUGAACCCUGGUUCCCCACAUCCUAGUCCACCGCUCUAGUCACUACGCUCCUGAUGGGAGUUGUAGUCCUGAACACCCGGAGGGUGCCAGCUUGGCAAAGGCUGCCAAAUGGUCAUGGAACCUCCUUUGGAAGGGAGCCUGCGCUGGCUUAGCACUGCUCUCUUCUGAGUGGUAGUUCUGCCUGUGCUCUGCUAAUGAUUACAUUGAACUGGAAAUAAAAAUUGUAUCCGUAACAAGAAGACAGCAAGGCAACCUAUAAAGGACAAUCUCUGCAGGCAAUGGCCAGGCAGGCGUAUCUGGCGUUAAAACACAUGUUGCCCCUUGUGGAAUGACGCCUCUUGCACUGAAGUCAGCCUGGAGGUUCAUGUAGCUGGGUGUUGCCUGCACAGACUGGCAGCAGCUCUCCGGGGCUCCAGGUAGGAGGAUGAGCCUCCCUUGGGUAGGCCAGGUGAUGCCCCUAGGAACUGAACUUGCACCUGCACUGCAGCUCUCCACUUGGAUCCAGGUUCCCCAGACACACUCUCUCCUGCCAAGUUAAAAGGCACAGGGGUGGUAUUCCCAUGAAGCUUUACUCAGAGUAGAACCAAUUGAAAUCAAAUCUUAGAAUUGGAGAGUUCGAAGGGACCCUAAGGGUCAUCUAGCCCAACCCGCUGCAGUGCAGGAAUGUUUUGCCCAACGUGGAGCUCCAACCCGUGACGUUAAGAGCCCCACGCUCUACCAACUGAGCCAUCCAUUGAUUUCAAUGGGUCUCCUCUGCGUAAAACUCCAUCGACUGCCACCCACGUUUCUGAGGUUGCCCCAGAAGCGCGAGAAGAGCCGGCCUUCGGAGGGCGCGGAAGGGCGCAUACAAAACCUUCCCCAAAACGCACCUCCCACCCCCACGUCCUGGAAAGCGGCCAACCUGGCAGGGCGGCCCUUUGGAAAUCUUGGCUAACAUGGGGCGUCCCCCCCCCCCAAUGGAUCCUCUCCCUGGUGGAUCUUCUCCGCGCUGCGCCCCCAGGGAGCGCGUCUCCUGCGGCGGAGCAGCGCCGCGCUCUUUCCCCGCCGCCGAGGGAUCCCUGCCGCCUCCGCGCGGGGAUCCCUCGGCCGCCGCCACGUCUCCUUCCUCCGCCGGGAUCUCCCCGUCGGGCGGCGCCCCUGCGCCCAGAAGCUGCGCCCGGCGGAGGGCGGGCGAGCCAGGGCGGCGCGGAGUGGCUGGUGCGCCCGGCUGUUGCGCAUCUGCGGGCGGUGCAUCGCCAGGGAUUGCGCGCGUCGGGGCUGCGCGGGGUGGGGGUGGGGGGCGGUUUGGGGUGGGGGGUGUCAGAGGGGCGGGGCUUUGGUCCCGGGGAGGGCGGGGCUGAGGGGCAGGCGGGUCGCCCAAUGGCGCGGCGGGGGCGGGGCGCGGCGGAGCAGCUGGUAGGAAAUGGAGCCCGGCGGUGAGUCAGGCGGGAGGCCGGCGGCCGGGGGCUCCCGGGUCGUCGUCGCCCCUUGCAGGGGGGCUGCUGCUGCUGCUGCCCCAGGCCGGGACCAGGAGCAGGCUCGCCCGGAGGGGGCUGCCAGGUGAGCGCGGGCCGCCCGCCCCCAGGGGCUUCUCCCCCCGCCCCGUCCCAGCCCCCAAAGGGGGAUCCUGGGAAGACGCCCCUCAGCAGGGACGCAGCCUUUGUAUCCGCGGAGGGCGGGCGGGGAGGGGGCUUCCCAGGGCUGCCUUGGGGGGGGCUUCCUCUCCUCCCCGGACGAGCGUCGACAUGGCACGGGGGGGAGCGCUGUCCUUUGUAUGGUUCCGUGUCACUGCAUCCCCCCCACUUGCAUGGCUCUGUGUCUUGGGGGGGGGGGGGCUAGCGGAGCCGCCUCCCUAGAUGGGGGGAAAAGGCCCCGGGGCUGCCACAGAUCUGGCAGGGUUUUUGGGGAGGGGGCGCACGCGAGAUUGGGGGCUUUGAGCUGGACUUGCAGGCUGUUGCUUCUCCACCACCACCGAUGGGAAGGGCUGCAAUCGCGCCUCGGUCGUUUUAGGGGGAAGGCUGAGGGGGGCUGUAAAAGGACAGUAUUCCCCCCCCCCCAUAAGGGUUGGUGCAGAGGGGGCUCUGGAAGGAGGCUGUGCCGCAGCUGUGGGUGCUGUUCAGUCACUCAAGCUGGGUUAAUAAUAAUAAUAAUAAUAAUGUAUUAAAUUUGUAUACUGCCCUAUACCCUUAGAUCUCUGGGCAGUGCUCCCCCGUUGAGAGUCCUGAUUUGGGGGGGGCAGGCACCCCUUUUGUCUCCAAUCUCCUGCUCUCUGCCCCCCCUCCUGCCAAGGUUGCAGAACCGGGUCUGGCAGGGGGCGGCUCUGCUGCUCAGAUCCUGCGCAGGUUUCGGGUUGGCACAGCCUCUGCCCAGGUGUGACCCAGUCCUGCCCAUUCCCUCCUGGCUGGGAUGAGACAAGUGUUUGCUCACAAGCCAGGUGCCAGUGCCAGCUUCCCCAAAGCAGCCACCCAGGUGUGACUCAUUGCUCCAGGUUCCUGAGCUUUCUCAGCCCCCUUUGUUGCCAGGGUGGGUGGGGUUGGGGGGGCAGCUGUGCUUGUGUUCUGGUGUUGGGUUUUUUGGUCCCAGGGUCUGUCUGGGCCGGCAGUGGCAGCAUAUGUUGGUGCAGGGCCUUUACCCAGUGGCAGAAGCAGGAAGGUCUCCGCCCCCAAAGAACUUACAUUCUGAAAUAUCAGGAAAUGGGGAGGGCUGAAUGGGAGCAAGGGAGGGCUUCAGAGGGGACUGUGAGGGUCAUAGAAUCAAGGGACCCAAAGAGUCAUCGAAUCCAAGCCCCUGCAAUUCAGGAAGUCAUAGGCUUUCUGGGUUUUAAGGAUUGCUCAGCACCAUCCUGUGUUAGCUGAGCUGCUUCCUUCCUUUUCUUUCCCCUCCCCUUUUUGAUCCCAUUUUGCAGGCUCUUUGGGGCUGGGACCUUUUCCGUGUUGUUUUUCUAUAGUGCUGUCCUGCAAGAGGUCCAGAGGGCAGGGAAACGAGAAGGGGUCUUUUCUGUGGUGGCUCCCCGUUUGUGGAAUGCUCUGCCCAGGGAGCCUUGCCUGGCACCUUCGUAUAAAGAUAUGCCUGGCACCUGGCAUAUCUUUAGGAGCCAGGCGAAAACGCUUCUCUAUAACUGGGCCCUUGGAUGUUUAGCAUUCUAUGACAGCAGCAUAAAUUUAGGAUGCAGCGGGGUGGGUGGGUGUUUGCUAAGGAAGCUUGUGGUGAGGCAGGGGCAGGGAGAUUUUUCCUCUGCCAAGCCCUAGAGUGGCUUCCUGGACUCUCGGGCCUCCGUGCAACCCUGGCAAAGGUCUGGGCCGGAGCUCUCAGCUGGGAAUGCCUCUGGCUUGCCUGGCACUGCCUCUCCUCUUGCCCCCUUUCAACCCCCAGGCUCAGCUGGCAGGGACCUCGUUGCCCUCCUCCUCCUCCCUGCUCCCCAGCUGGGCUGCCCAGAGGAGGGCGUGGGGCCUGCGUGGCAGGUGAGGCUGCCAGGGGGCAUCUGAAGCAGCUGAGCUGGUAGGGCAAGCAGGCAGGCUUCCUUUGCACCAGCUGGAAGGUGUCCUUAUCUCCCAGCCUUGCCCUCGCUUCUGGCGGGGCUCCAGGCCUCAGGGCCAGCUGCUUCAGCAGCGCCAGCCUCCCUUCCACCCCUGGAGCUGGUUCUGGAAGCUGUGGCAGGGCCCUUGCUGGCUGGAUGCCACAAGAAGCUGUGGCAUUUCUGGUGGCAGCCCAGCAGUAGGUGAGUCAGCCGGGAGAGAGGACGCAGGCAGCUCUUGAGUCAGCAAGGAGGCCCAGCUGAGAAGUGGAGACAGGAAGCUGCUUCACUGCUGUCGUUCCCCUCGCCCCGACUUCUCACUCGGCCUGCAGGCGGUGGGAUCUCAUGACUGCACUCCCCUCUGGCAGUGAUCAUGCGGGGGGGGGGGUGUACUACAAACAGGUGUAAUUUUAUUUGCACGCCGCCUUUCCACAUUUCAAGCAUUGUUCAAGGCGGCUUCCAGCAUGAGAAAAAUGCAGAACUGCUAAAGGCGGCUUCCAGCAUGAGAAAAAUGCAGAACUGCUAAAGUAGUCAUGAACAAUGAAAAAACCUUUUAAAAAAUGCACAACCAAGUGAGCAGUUUCCACAUAAAUCACAAGAAGAGCUAAAAUAAAUAUACAAAAAAAACAACAACACACCACCCAGCAACAGCAGAAACAACAACCCGCCCCCAACAACAAACCCCAAAUAACUCCCCAGCCUAAGAGUCUGCUCAGCCGCUUUUGUAGUUGGAGUCAGUCCAGGCCCUGCACUUCCCGGCAGCGUUAGAAGCUCAGAUCUAUAAGCCAGGCGCCAAAUGACUUCUUAAACCAGGGUUACAGUCACCAAAACGGAAUGCCUAGUUUUCUAUUUUGGGGACAGACGGCUCGAAAGUUGUGUUUUUCAAUGUGGCUUUUGGGUUCCUGACAUUUAUUCUGGUUCUGCAGAUAAAAUAUAGCAGAUGGAAUUUCACAGGAUGUGUUGCUAGUGGGUGAGAACAGUCAAGAUUCAAGGAUCCCCAGGGAUGCACCUCCAGAUGGGGGAGAUGUCAGGUGCCAUCCUGGCCCCCGGGUGUUUUCACCACAAGUGGCCGACAGCCAGAUGCAAAAUGCACAUGGCGCCUGGCACAUUUUGAAAGCUGCUUCCAGGCUAGGGAGCAGGUGUUGCAGGGCUCACAGCUGAGCCGGUCUCUGGCCUCUUCUGCAGCCUCAGCUUCUGCAGCUGGAGUCAGUCAGGCCCCGCCCUGGACCAGGCCAAAGGGGGCUCACCUAGUCCAGCCUCCUGUUCCCACAAUGACCAACCCAUGGGAAGCCCCUGUUGCAACAGCAACUCUCUGCUACUGCGUUUUCCAGAAACUGGGAUUCAGAGGCAUGAAGGCAGAGCAGAGCAAAUCGUCUUCCAAUAGCCCUCUUCCUCCAUGCCUUUGUCUGGUCCUUUUCAAAGGCCACACUUUAACUCUGCGCUGAGUCCCACAGUUUAGCUAUGCUCUACAUGAAGAAGAAGAAGAACUUUCUGUUCUCUGUCCUGCAUCUGACAAACUGGCAAACUGGAACGACACUGACUGGAACGGCAUCUGACACUGACAAACUGGAACGUGUCCAGAGGAGGGCAACCAAAAUGGUCAAAGGCCUGGAAACGAUGCCUUAUGAGGAACGGCUAAGGGAGCUGGGCAUGUUUAGCCUGGAGAAGAGGAGGUUAAGGGGUGAUAUGAUGGCCAUGUUCAAAUAUAUAAAAGGAUGUCACAUAGAGGAGGGAGAAAGGUUGUUUUCUGCUGCUCCAGAGAAGCGGACACGGAGCAAUGGAUCCAAACUACAAGAAAGAAGAUUCCACCUAAACAUUAGGAAGAACUUCCUGACAGUAAGAGCUGUUUGACAGUGGAAUUUGCUGCCAAGGAGUGUGGUGGAGUCUCCUUCUUUGGAGGUCUUUAAGCAGAGGCUUGACAACCGUAUGUCAGGAGUGCUCUGAUGGUGUUUCCUGCUUGGCAGGGGGUUGGACUCGAUGGCCCUUGUGGUCUCUUCCAACUCUAUGAUUCUAUGAUCUUCCAAGGCUGCCCAUGAGCUCCCUAGAGGGGGAGAGAAGCUUUUCUCUGUCCACUUUCCCAGGAAAGGCCUCGGCUGCUUUGUCGGGACAGAUGCCUUCUUAGCGAUCAGCACAGCGUGUCAAUGGGGUCCAAAGGUUUCUGCAGCCGCUGUGCUUUUCUGGAUUUUGUUAUGGAGCACAGAGUUCCUUUCUGAAUCCAGGGUGCUCAAGCUCCUCCCCUUCGCUCAGUUGAUAUAUUUAUUUUAUUUAUAAAAAUAUUUAUAUGCCGCUUUUUCAUUUUUUAAAAAAUCGAAGUGGUUUGCAACAAAAGCACAUGCAGUUAUGGGCUGUUGGCUGCUUUGAGAAGUUUGUUCUUGGCUGCUCCCCUCAUGUGUUGGGAAGCAGCUUGAAGAUUUGGGUGCCCUUUGUCUUCUGCGGCUGAUGGCCCGGCCACCUUCCCUUCUCAGUCUGGCCCAGGAUGAAGCAAGGUGGGCUCUCUGGUACCCAAGAGCCUCUGCUCCCUUCCUGCCCACGGGCUCUCAAUGCAAGUUGCUGCAAAUCCUGAGCAGGAGAUGCUGACAGCGUCUUCACAUCCCAGAAGAGGCAUUUUCUUGGCCUCUAUGAGAACAGGAUGCUGGGCUAGAUGGGCCUCAUCCAGAAGCCUCUUAUGUCCUUAUGCCCAAUAUGCAAAGAUUUGGAGUGGGCAGAAAAUAAAACUCUGGAACAGAUUUGCUCUUUCAGCAGAAUAAUCACUGGUGAAAUGGUUAAUUGCUGUGUAAUGGAGUCACUCCAGAGGCUGCUCCUUCCAGAGGCCCCCCCCCCCCGCUCUACAAACAUAUUUUGUCUGCUUCUGCAUGAUAAGGUUGAGAACUCCAAACUUCCUAAGCCCAGGCAAAAUACUCUGUUAUUUUUAAAAUCGAUUCCAGGGCGAUCUAUAUUGUCCCCACCCAUCCUAUCUUUGCAGCAGAAGUAAAUUUACUGUGAACUAAAUCCAUCCAAGAGACAAUACAGUAGCUGCCAAGCGAGUUUUGCGGCUGAGUGGGAAUUUCGAAGUGGGAAUUUAAAAUAAUAUAAACUUAUUCUUUGUUUGCCAAAGUAUUAUUCUCGGUGUUUGUGGUCCCCCACCCCAAUUUGGCCGCUGCCAAAGGAUAAAAAUGAAAAUGCAGAGUGUCCUGUGGGCUGGGGCCUGUGGCUGCCUUCGCCUCUCACCCUGGCUGGUCCCUUUGUCAGUAUAGAUUGAGCAAAAACCAAGAAAAAUAUCCGCAACUUUCCUUUCAUUUCGUAGAAACGCCCCGAGCAGCACUCGGUUUCUUUACAUGCCAAUUGCAAACCGAGUUGUGCAUUACACAUUUUGUGUUGUUUGAGCUGUUAGGGAAACUUUGGCUUCCUUGUGUCAGUGAGCCUCCUCCAGGCCUUGCAGAGCCAUCCUGGGCCCCUCCCUGCUGCCUCGCUGGCACCUGCUCCCCCCUCACCAACUCCCUCGCCUCCAUUUCCUGGGGUAAGUUUGCCCAGGCUUGACACCAGCCGGUUCUUAGCCUGGCGCUGUCCUUUCCUGGAGCUCACUGAGGUGUGUGGGUGUACUGGAUCAAGGGCUGGAGGGAUGGACUUGGAGCAAGUUCAGAUUCUCCUCUCUCCAUUUCUCUUCCUCACCUGCAACGUGGGAAUAGCAGCAGCAGCAGCAGCAGUCAACCUUGCAGAGCUGUUGUGGAAGCUCACAGGGCUAAGUCUGUCAAGCCCUUUGCCCAUAAAAUGCAGCAGCGACUGGCAAGUAACAAGACACCUUCCAUAUUAUAGGAGACUGGGCAGUGGAGGGAGGCUGUAUGGGCAUCUCUCUGUGUGCCAACAUGGGUGGCAGAGAAGGGCAUGGCUGUGGGGCGGGGAAGCGACCCACAGCUAUUCCUGGGGCUGCCCCUUGGGUCUUAUCUGUCAGAAGCAGCCAGGGGAACUGCGUCUCUGCCCUGUGUGUGACAGAGAGAGAAAGGGACAGAGAGCAAGCUUGGCUUAGGUGUGACUGAAAUGGGUGAUGCCGCUCGGGGGAACGGAACGGUAUCUGCCAGGGACUCUUUAACUGUGGCUCCUGCUUUUCGGGGGGUUGGACUGGAUGGCCCUUAGGGGUCCCUUCCAACUCCACCAUUCUGUAUUCCCCCUGCCCCCCAGCCGUAGCUGGGGAACGGGAAAGACCUGUCUUGUUGAUCCAAGAAGUAGGGAGAGGGGAGAGGGCUUCCAGGCCUGGCUGUGAGUCCCCCUGGCUGCUUGAAGAAACCCUGCAGUCUAGUGGUUAGAGCGUUGGCCGCAGAGUCCAGGCCUUGAAUCCCCACCCGGCCCUGUAGCUCCCUGGGUGAGCUUGGGCGCCAGUCGCCCUGCCUCUCAGCCUGGCGUCCCUCACAGGGUUGUUGUGGGGAUUAAAUGAUGACCAGGAAUGCCUUGAGCUCCUCAAAGAGGAAGGUGGGGUAGAGCAGUCAAUUGUUCCCUGUUGGCACCCUGGCAUUGGCUGUUUGGGCUUGUCCCGGUGGCGUCUCCGGGGCAGCGGGGCUGGAGGAAGGCACUGGCAGGAGACCCUCCCCUGCCCCCCUCCAAUGCCCCCUGCCCCCCCUUUUGUUGUUUGGCUUUCUUGGCUGAUUUACAUACUGUGCUCCCAUUGGCUGGCUCAGCCACCACCAUGGUGACAGCUGACUGAAUGGGGAGGGGGUGUCUGUCCAGGGGAGGUGAAUUGGGGGGAGCAGCAAGCAGAGCCAGACCCAGGACCCUGGGAACUCCCUUUGCAUAACCCACAAGUUUGGGUCUUUACCCGCCUGGCACUUGUGCCAACGUGGGCAGAGGCCUCCCUCUCCGGCUCUUGGGGAGUCUCUGGGUGUCUCUGCAGGAAGAGAAAGGUAAAGACUUGCUUCGGAAGGAACUUCCUGCCUCAAAGUGGCUGAGGACUGCCUACCCCUCGGGAUGCAGCUUGGCUCGCUUGCUUGAGCCCUCUAGCACUGACUAGAUGUGCGGGUGGAUCUGUGGGGGGAUCUGUGGGAUGAUCAGGACGGGGGGCAGCCCCACCCCGGAGGCAGGGGUCUGUCGGAUUCAGCCUUUGCCAACUUGGCGCCCUGCCGAUGGUCUGGUCUACCACUCCCAUGAUCCAAAACAUAGAAUCAAGAUUUUUCUAGAGUUGGAAGGGACCCUGAGGAUCAUCUAGUCCAACCCGUCUGGCGAGCAACUGGUUGGCAAAGGCUGAAUUGGACCGCCUGGCCUGCGGUCCCUUGAGAUGAAUGGCAUGGCCUCUCCCACACGUAGCGGAGCAGGGCUGGGGUCUCCCGGAUUCUGCCUGGGGGUUUACAGCCCAGAGAGGCAUGAGGAAGGGGGGGCGCUUCUGGACCACCCUCGUGGGCUCUGCACCUGUGACGCUUCCUUUUGCUUUGGUUUUGCCCCGCGUGGCUCCAGCGCUGGCCUUUGGGGGCAUUUCCUGCCCAUACAGCUGCUCCCUCCCUAUCUCUGGUUUCGUGCUUUAAUUCCAACCCCCGUUAAAUACAGUUGUACCUUGGAAAUAGAAGAGAAUCCAUUCUAGAAGUCCAUUCGACUUCCAAAACGUUCGGAAACCAAAGCGCUGUCCCCUUGCUUGGUUUGGGGCCCUAGGCUUCUUUCUGCUCCCUGCCUUGCAUUCUUCCUUCGGAUUCCAGCAUCCUCCUCGGCUCCUGUGAAAGGAUUCAGUUCUCGCUGAGCCGGCGGCAGCAGCCUCUCUGCUGCCUCACUGCCCCUAUUUGGAGCUUGCAGGAGGCUCCAGGAGAGGUCUGCCAAGCCCAGAGGCCCUGGGCCUCUUCUGCCCCCUCUCCCCCCAUGCCAAAUGCAGUGGGGGGGAUGGGAAUUGUGGGUGGCAGGGCCCCACCGCUGCCUCUUGCCCACAGGACUUUGACCCAACCUUGCUCAGCCAGAGGAACCUGGGGGCGUCUGUAGUCCUGGUUCUCUCCUCUUCAGGUCUGCCUGCUUCAUCUUGAGGCAAGGAGUCCCACCAGUUCCUCCUUCCUUUCUCUCAUGAGGCCGGCACGGCUCUUCCAGUUCAGAUACUUCAAGGGAUGCCGCCCCAGCCUGCUGCUUCAUUUUGCCCAGAAUAAUAAUAAUCGUUUAUUAUUUCUACCCUGCCCAUCUGGCUGGGUUUCCCCAGCCACUCUGGGCAGCUUCCAACCGAAAAUUAAAAACAAUGCAGCGUCAGACAUUAAAACCUUCCCUAAACAGAGCUGCCUUCAGGUGUCUUUUAAAAGUAGAAUAGUUGUUUAUUGCCUUGACAUUUGGUGGGAGGGCGUUCCACAGGGCAGGUGCCACCACCGAGAAGGCCCUCUGCCUAGUUCCCUGUAACCUCACUUCUCGCAGGGAGGGAACUGCCUGAAGGCCCUCGGAGCUGGACCUCAGUGUCCAGGCUGGAUGAUGGGGUGGAGAAAGGGCUGCUGGGAGGACAGAUGCCACAGGACGGACAGGGCAGCACCUGAACCUGCCGUGCAAGGAAAGCAGAGCCAGGGAAAGUGGCCUCAGCAUCUCUCACCCUCUUAUUGCCAAGUGUUGCACAAGCCCCCGGAAUUGCACAGAUUCUUUUCCCACUUGCUCCUCCUUGGGGCGUUAGGCCUCCUGCUUUCCCUCUGCCCCCUCUUUCUCCCCCUAUCUCCUGCUUGGCCCUUGCUGCAGGGAGAGCAGGUUUGGCUCAGCCAGUGGCCUGGCUUGUGGGAUGCGCCUGGCCUGCUGGCUGGCUCCUCUCAGCCUCCUCUUUUCCAGGAUAAACAUACCCGGCCCUUUCAACUGUUCCUCAUCAGGCUUGGCUUCUAGACCCCUUGAUCAUCUUGGUUGCCCCCCCUCCCCUGCACACCUCCCAGCUUCUCUAUAUCCUUCCUAGAUUGUGUUGCCCAGAACCGGACACAGUAUUCCAGGUGUGGUCUGACCAAGGCAGAAUAGAACGGCCCUAUAACUUCCCUAGAAUAGUAUUAGCUCUUUUUGCUGCUGCAUCACACUGUGGACUCAUGUUCCACUAAGACCCCAAUAUCCUUCUCACAUGUACUACAGUGGUACCUUGGUUCUCAAACACCUUGGUACUCAAACAACUUGGAACCCAAACACUGCAAACCCGGAAGUAAGUUUGCAAACUUUUUUCGGAAGCCGAACAUGCUCCGUUUUGAAUGUUACACUUCCAAUUUGAGUUCCACACUUCCAUUUUGAGUGUUACGCUUAGGUCUGUCUGUUUUUACUAUUUUACGUUUUUGUGACUCUUCGUUUUGUUUUUGUGACUGUGUGGAACCCAGUUCAGCUACUGAUUGAUUGAUUGAUUGUGUGACUGCAGUGCAGUGGACGCUCGGGUUGCGAACAUGAUCCAUGCGGGAUGCACAUUCACAACCCGCAGCGUUCGCAACCCACAGCGGUGCGUCUGCGCACGUGCGGGUUGCGAUUCAGCGCUUCUGCGCAUGCGCGACCUCCGAAACCCGGAAGUAACCUGUUCUGGUACUUCCGGGUUUCGGAGCGUCCGUAACCUGAAAAAACGCAACCUGAAGCAUCUGUAACCUGAGGUAUGACUGUACAUGGUUUAUUGCUUUCAUUUUAUGGAUUAGUGGUCUUGUUAGAAAAUAAAAUUCAUGGUAAAUUGCUGUUUUGGGGGUUGUUUUUAAAACUCUGGAACGGAUUAAUCCAUUUUGCAUUACUUUCUAUGGAAAAGAGCGCCUUGGUUUUGGAAUGUGUUGGUUUUGGAACAGACUUCUGGAACAGAUUAAGUUUGAGAAUCAAGGGACCAAUGUACUGGCAAGCCAUGUGUCUCCCACCUUAACUAAUAAAUAUUAUUUGGUACUUGAGAGAAUUUGAUGAUUACAUAAUUAAGCAUUAUUUUUGUGCCCUUUGAGGGGCCACAUCUCACCUGGUCCUCUGUGUGCUUUUCCCAGGUCUUGAAGAAGGUGCUCUGUCAGAAUUGAGGGCUUCUGGGGUCUCUGCCGCUGGCGGAGUGCCAUGGGAGAAGGCCCCUGCUGCCACUGCCGCUCUUCGUUUGAAAGGUCCUGUGGAACUGGUGAGUUAGCAAGUCAAGUAACCUUUCUUGGCAUCACAUAAGAACAUUCAGAAUACAUUUAAAAUAGAUAGGCCAGUGCAAUCUCGUCACCACCCCAACGGCACAGUGACCCGCCAAAGGGCAAAAGAGGCGAGCAAUCCGCCUCAUCUCUGUGGGUUUCCAGCAAGGGCAGGAUCCUGCAGCAUACUUCGGCAACCAAAAAUCAAAUAGAGGACCUUAGCUACUGUCUUGGUGAGCUCCUGGUCUCUCCCCUGUAAUAAGAAGCGCAUGACCUCCGUCUCUGGUUUCCAUGUUGGAAUACAUAGAUGGUCUAGAAAUUGUUGGCGGAGAUCAUCAUAUGUUUUACAGUUAAGGGCCAUGUGAGCUAGAGUUUAGUGAGUGAGCGAGAGAACAGCCUGCGGUUGCAGCAUGAUGCCUCCUUGCAGGGCGAGUCUCUGCUGAGCUUCCCACUGAGCAGGGACUGGGGACCUGUGGCCCUUCCACGUACCGCAGCAACCAGCCAGUGGCAGGGGGUGGGAGGUGUCAUUCAACAGCGCCUGGGGGGCAACAGGGGCAGCCAUUCUGCCCCCCUAGAAGAGACAAGGUUACGGUCCUAAACAGUGCUAGAAAUUCCCCAGGUAGCAGGCGUGUUUUGCACCUGGUGCAGGUCCAAUUGCAACCAUGUGGAGAUCCCUGGAUGCCCGGCUUGCGACUGACAUCUCCACCUGGCUGACCUCUCCAGCUUCCUUAGGCAGGUCAGCAAAAGAGCUUAUCUGUUGCACAUAUGACCCACCUUUUUCUACAAAGGGUCCAUGGUUCACCCCCUCCUCAGCUAAUCUCUACAACGUCCCUGCAAGGUAGGUGAAGAUGCUGCGACCGACUCCAAGGUCACCCCGUGAACUUCACGAAGGAGCGGUCUUAGUCUGACCCUCUGGCUUCCUGGAGUCCUUCUGCUGUGGGGCAGCUCUGUCAAUUAAGUAGGUAAAUAAAUAGGGGGGAAGCAAAAUGUCCCUUAGAGAAGCAUCUGAAAUAAUUUCCUUGAAGUUUGAAUUUGUUUUCUUCUGGAUCGUUUUAGUGGGUGCUAUAUAUAUAUAUAUAGAUAUAUAUAGAUAUAUAUAUAUAUAGAUAUAUAUAUAUAUAUAUACACACACACACACACACAUUUUUAUUAAUUUUUUAACAUAUCGCGUCCAACAGUCAUUUAAUAUAACUUCUUGUCUUAUACAAUAUUUUAGACUUCCGUCAACAACCUCUGGAGAUUUUCCAUUCUUUAUCACUUAUUCUGCAUUCCUUAAUUUCUCUAUUUCUUUUAAUUAUCAUUAAUAAUUCUCUUCAUAGUCUUCCUUGCAAUAUUUCAUAUAAUCCUGCUUACAGAACUUCUUGCAGUCCUACUACCGUAAUCUGUUUUAUUACAAUUGCUUUCCAAAUAGUUCAACUAUUUACUCCAAUCUUCUAAGAAUCUCUGGUCCCGCAGGUUUCGAAUCCUUCCUGUUAAGUUAUCUAAUUCUGCAUAGUCCAUUAAUUUCAUUUGCCAUUCUUCUUUCAUUGGUAAUUCUUCUUGCUUCCAUUUUUGUGCCAAUAGUAUUCUUGCUGCCGUUACUGCAUAUAAGAACAACUUACAGACCUGUCUGUUAACAUCCUCCCCUACAAUGCCAAGUAAAAAAUGCUUCUGUUUUUUUAAUAAAUGUAUAUUUCAACAUCUUUUUCAUUUCAUUAUAUAUCAUUUCCCAGAAGUUUUUCACUUUCUUACAUUCCCACCACAUGUGAUAAAAAGUUCCUUCUUUUUCUGUUUUACUGGAUGUUUUAAUGUGUUGUAAACCGCUUGAUUCCCACCCCCCUUCAAAAUAUAAAGCAGUAUAGAAGAAGAAGAAGAAGAGUUUGGAUUUGAUAUCCCGCCUUUCUCUCCCUUUAAGGAGUCUCAAAGCGGCUCACAUUCUCCUUUCCCUUCCUCCCCCACAACAAACACUCUGUGAGGUGAGUGGGGCUGAGAGACUUCAGAGAAGUGUGACUGGCCCAAGGUCACCCAGCAGCUGCAGGUGGAGGAGCGGAGACGCGAACCCGGUUCCCCAGAUUACGAGUCCACUGCUCUUAACCACUACACCACACUGGCUUCAUAGAAAUGAAAUGAUUAAUGAUGAUGAUGAUUCUGUGUUUGUUUCUCUGCAGCCCCACUGCUGCUGCUGCUGCCGAGUUGCCCUGUUCACCCGCGAGGACUUUGAGGAGGCCGGGAGGCAGAACUCGCGCCGCAGCCCGUGAUGGUGGGAGCCAUUCCCAGGCAGCCACGCCGCUUCUGGGGAGUGCCAGGGUGGAAGAUCUCGCCUGCCGGCUACGCCAGCCACCGCCUGCUGCUGGAGGGGGCGCCCAGGUGGAGGACGAGGACGAGGGACCCUUUGCAGAGGGGUGAGUGCCCGGCUCCUUUGAGGAAGGCUUGCCCCCCCAUGGGGCACUUGGGCUAGGGGCUGCAGCAGGGGGUUCAGGACUUUGCUGCCGUGCCCCUUCGCCAAACCGCUUCUGCCCUGGAGAGCUGAAGAGUUUGUUUCUACCUGGUCAGGUAUGGCAAGGGCUGGAGGAGGAGACUGCAUCACAUGUCCUGCGGAAGUUGCCUUUUCCUAAGCAUCCUGGCAGCAUCUCUCCGCUUUCUUGAGGCUGCGCAUGAGUUCAUGAGCCUUUUCCCCCUGCCUCUCAACUCGCCUUCUCUUCUCGUUCCAGAUGCAGCCAUGAAGCACACUUCAUAG